AUGACAGAGCAGUUGCUAGACUAUGCCGAGGAGAAAUUUAGGGAGGGCAAAGUAAGAGAGGCCUUGGAUCUUGCGACUUCGGCCAAGACUCUUGAUCCCUUCUUCGGUAGCGUCCAAAGGUACUACGUCGCCUUCGGCGUUCACUACUGGGGCACGAGGAGGAACAAGUUUGGGCAGAUCGAUCUCUACGCCGUUCUCGGCUUGAAGGGAGACCCAUCUGCUCUCAGCACCGACGACAUCACCAACGCCUUCUGCAACUUGGUCAAGCUGGUGCACCCCGACAGGUUCCGCUCUACCGCGGCUCCUGGUGCUCUUCGCCUCAUCACCCAGGCCUGGGAGGUCCUCAGCAACGAGACCACUCGAGCGGCGUACGAUGUUCGCAUGGGUAUUCGUCCGCCGCCACCCACGUCCGAUCAGAUCAGAUCGAGGCCGCUCCUUGGGAUGAUGAUGCCAUGCGCCUAA